CUCGAGAGGAGCAGAAGCGAAGUAUGCGCGCAUUCCGCUGGAAGGGGAGACGCAAGAAUACUUCCGCGCCCCACGAAAUCACAGACGACUCCUGAUGAAGACUUUAUCCGAACCAGGAUCGCCCCCCGACGGCACCGAGCAGCGGGGACACAGCGCACUUGCCGCCUCCGGAGCCGGGCCACCGCGGUCUCCAGCCCCCAUGCACACGGCGCGGGGAGCCAGGCUUCCGCUUUGGGGCCCCGGGCCGUACAUUUUCCUCGUCUUCGCUCUCCUGUGGCCGGUCUUCAAUGCCUCAGCCGUGACCACAGGGCAGGAGAGAGAUCACAGGCAAUUAGCUGGCCUACAGAAAUGGAAGCAUAGCCUCUCGGACAGGUGGUGUCCGCCAGGAUCCCAUGUCAGUGAAGAUGGUGAAAAAUGUAUAAAUUGUACAAAUGGAGUGGAUUACACCAUUGCCUGGAAUAAGCUCUUGUCCUGCUUACCGUGUACAAUCUGUAAAUCAGGUCAGGAAGAAACAGUUCCAUGCACCAGGAUUAAAAAUACACAGUGUCAGUGCAAACCUGGCACUUUCCUCGGAGAAGAUUCUCCUGAGUUCUGCCAGAAGUGCAGCACUGGGUGCCCUGAUGGCAUGGUUGAAGCUGAGCCCUGUACGCCCUGGAGCAACCUCAAGUGUGUCAAACAAGGAUCAGGUACCCAGGCCAUUGGGGAGGCACCGGUUCCUGGAGAGCCAGUGACCACCAGCCUGGGGCCGCGCACCACUCCCUCUGCCUCCUCAGGCAGUUCACAGCUGGUGCUUGGAAUUGUACUGGGGACUAUGUGUGUCCUGGUGGUGCUACUGCUGAGUGUAUAUGCAUGUUGUCACUGGAGAUGCAUCCGUCAAGCUUGUGGAGUGGACCCCGAGUGCAUGAACACAGUCAUUUUCCGGCUCUGGUGUCCCCCAAAGGGGCCUGGGGUUCUGGACAAUUCCCGCAACGAGAUCAUCAGCAACAGAAGCUCACUGUCCACGCAGGCCUGUGAGCAGGAACUGGGACACCAGGAGCCUGCAGAGCUGGAACGUGUCCUCAUACAGUCCCCGGUGGAAGCCGAGCGUCUGCUGGGACUAGGAGGAGCUGAAGGGUCUCAGGUGAGAAGGAGGCUGCUGAUUCCAGCAAAUGGCACAGACCCCAUUGAAAGCCUGAGGCUGUUCUUUGAUUACUUCACAAACAUCGUGCCCUUCACGUCCUGGAACCCGCUCAUGAGGCUGUUGGGCCUCAACGACAAUGAUAUCUACGUCGCCAGAGCUCAGGUCUGGAACCCCAGGGAAGCCUUGUAUGAAAUGCUAGUGACCUGGCUCAGCCACAAGGGGCGGGCUGCCUCAGUCAACACCCUGCUGGAUGCCUUGGAAACACUUGGGGAAAGACAUGCAAAGGAGUUGAUUCAGGACCACCUGGUGGGCUCUGGGAAGUAUGUCUAUGAAGAAGGGGGGGCAGGCUCUGCUCCGUCCUGAGUGAAAAGAAUCUUUUUAGGAAACCAGAGCUUUCGUACUUAUCUUUUCUUCUGGAAGAAGCAGCAUGAUUGGACACCAGGCUGGAAGACGCAGCUGAUACUUGAGCAAUACUUGAAGAAACUCUACCAUCCAAAAGCCUACAUAGCUUUUGGAAUGUUCUAAAUUUUUUUCAAUGCACUG